AAAGGCUGAAGUCGCUACCUCUCUUACUGUCGUCAGAUACAUCUUUGUUGUUUACAUUUGUUUUCUCGCAGGGCGAUUUUACAUUACCAUUUUUUUAUUUAGACGAAUGAGACUUGAUGACGGAUUUGCGUUCAGAGUGUAAGAAAUUUUAUUUGUCGCACGUCUCAUUUCCGAGGUAACCAGGGGACACUUUUUCCGACUGAGAUUCCCCUCGGCUAUUGAGGUCAAUAUCGGAUACUCGCUCAAUGUGCAUUGAAUGGAAUGAUUGGUGAUAUAAGAAGUCUAGUUCUCUUUGGCUAUUGUCGUCAACAUGGCAAGAGUCGGUUAUAGCGCACCGCUUAUGGAAUAUUCAGGCGAGACGGGUCAACUAGUCGAAGAUCCUGAAUUCCACAUCUUUGUUGAAAACAGCCAGAAUUUGAUCAAAAAGGUUUUGGAGGCAAUUCCUGGGACACACAAAUCCUGCAUACAUUCAGAGACCCUGAUUCUUAACUCGACCACUGAGAACCGAAAACUACAAUAUAUGGCGACCAAUCUGGGCAUCCCCUCUGCUCCCACUCUCAAGGCCUUGGCAGAAGAUUUUACCUUGGAGACCUGUUUGAGACAUAUGUCAGAGGGACUGCAGCUGCACCAGGACCUCCUGAAAGCUGUCCAACCACGCCUGGCCAACACAGAGAACCUCACUGCACUGAUGACUGACAUCAGAGAUCUUGGCAUCCAGAUUAAUAAGAUGCUGAGAGCGGUACAAGCUGAGGUGACGUUGCAGCCCACAGUCACAAGCCUGGCCUCUCGUCUCACUGGGGACUAUCAGGUCCAGGUAGCUGCACACUUAACCCUGGUACAGCUCCAAAGCUUUGGCCAGGAUAUAGUCCGCAGUUUAAGGAACAUAGCCCUGGUCAAUGGGGAUAGAGACGAUUCUGGACUGUAGCUUUACUCUGAAUAGGUUUUUGGUAAAACUGAUAUAUCUAUAUAGGGAUAUAUCAAUAUAUAUAUAUUUUUAAACUUAAUUUAUUAUCUAUUUAUUUAUUUGAUUGUGUAUUUAUAAUUGUUUGAUUGUAAAUGAUUGUUAUUUAAAAAUAUUUUAGAUUUUUAACAUCCUAAUUUUACAUUGUGAGGUUCCGUUCUUUCUAUUUCCUGUUUAGCUUUUGUUUUUUUUAUGUAGCCUGUUAUGUUAGUUUUUUCUCUUUUGUUCUUAUAUGCCUUGUCCUUAUUGUUUCUACCAAAACCUGGUUUGCUCCUUCAUCGUGUCCCUAUUUAAGUUCCUCCUGCCCCAGUCUAUUUUUACUUUGUGAGUAUAUUAAAUUACUGUCUGCCUUUUUCUUAAACCUCUGCACCUGUGUUCCUCUACCCAUACCCAGCCGUGACAAGAAUUAUUAGCAUUUAUUACAUUAAUUACGCUUGCUAUGUGAGCAAAUCAUGAGCUUCAUAAGCUUUCUUGUCCUAGGGUAUCAUUGAAAAGGUUUUUAAUAGAUAUUCUUGAGCUAGACAUUGUACUAUUAUUAUUUAUCAAAUAAUGAAAACUGUUUUCUUCUAGUACAAAUUAUAUGUGUAAAUUAUUUGUAGUAUUUAUACAUUAUUGAAAUGAAAUCUCUGUGGUGAUUCUUUUGUU